CACUCUACAGCAACACAACCAUGGUGUCCUCCAAAACACUGGAAAUCGUGAAGACAACCCUUUUCCUGGGGACAUUUCUUUGCUUCUGCUCUUUCUUGUACUUCGUAUCGGUGAUCCUGAAUGUGUUUUUCAGUACGCCUCACGUUCGGGAGAUUGCUCGCUAUGUGUUCUUUGUCCACAUGCUCUUUAAUGACUCCCUCCAUCUCUUUGUGAGUCUAUUUCUACUUAUGGCUUUCCUCUACCUCAUCUACAUGCCAGCACCCUUUUGCUAUUUCAUACUCACCCUUGCAACAUCGACUUUUAGGGUGACUCCAUACAACCUCGCUGCCAUGGCACUGGAACGCUACAUAGCCAUAUGCUUCCCACUGAGACACGUGGAACUGUGCACUGUCCAAAAAACAAAUGUAGCUAUUGCCUUGAUCUGGGUGGUUGGGCUGAUCCCUAAUGUGGCUGACCUUAUCGUCAUGGCCUCAUCUCUCAAGACCAACUUCCUCACACUCUACGUCAUAUGCAACAGAGAAGCACUGACUUUCAACAAGCUGCAAUUCACCAUUGUAACCAUUGUUUAUAUUGCAAGUCUAGCCCUGGUUGGGCUUAUAAUCAUAUACACAUACAUCAGAGUCAUGUUGGUUGCUUGGAAAGUUGGUUCAGGCAAAUCCUCAGCCUUUAAGGCAGCAAAAACCAUCUUGUUGCAUGGCGCCCAACUCCUCCUAUACAUGGUGUCCCUAGUUUCCUCUUUCACGUUAACAUCUUUUUCAGAUUAUAGUUUUCUCGUGUCCAUAGUCAGUUUCCUACUUUUUAUGUGUUUGCCUAGGUUCCUCAGUCCUUUCAUUUAUGGGAUUAGAGAUGAGGUCUUCAGAAAACGGAUUAGAAGUUUGUGUGGAACAGGAGCAGUUAGUCAACAACUUUAA